AUGUCAUCCUCUACUUCAAGAGCUUACUACAAAAGAGGAUUGAUUCCUAAAUUCCUUACUGACCCUCUCAGCGAAACCGACUUUCCCAUAUUUAAUGUCCGUUCGAUUUUUCUUCAUCCAAACCCACAUGAUCACGCACGACGCCCACGAAAAAAUCUCUGUUCAUAUCUAUCUAUCUAUCUAUCUAUCUAUCUAUCUAACCUGGUCAGUACCUAUAGGAACAACCAUUCUCUUCAUACCUUUUAUUCUAUUCUGUCAUUUAUUACAAUCAAAAAACUAUCAUCGGUUCCUCUAUCUUUUAAUAACCCCUUUUCAAUAUCUUGUCCGCAUAACGCCGACGCUUUCUUUUCCUUAAACAUCGUCUUCCAUUUUCUUUUCUUUAGUGUUGGCGUUGAAACCUCUUUCUCGAUCUUUUCAAAUUCCUUUCAUAUCCUGCGUCUCCGGAACGCCACUAAACUUUUAUUUUCCCCGGCCAUCAUUCCCCUUUUUUCAUUUUUAAUUAUUCUUUCUUUCUUUCUUUCUUUCUUUCUUUCUUUCUUUCUUUUAUUCAUUUCUGUUCUCAUCAUAUAUUCAUUUUUUAUUUACUUUCCAAUCGAUCCAUUCUUAGUUCCCGAAAUGUUGUACUCAUCCACAAGUGCUUACACAGAUCAGCCACGCGAAGAAGCCAGUGUUUGA